UUUUUUUGGUCUGAAACUCUGAAUUAAUAUUUGGGGUGGGAUGUGCGUUGAUUUUUCAUUUUUUUUUUAUCUGAAUUAAUAAAUAAUAUUCUGAGUGGGAUGUGUGGGUGAGAAGGGAGAGUCAUCUCGCAGCUGGUACUUCUUCUCCUCCUGCUCGGACUCCGAUCGAUCUCAGUAGUUUUAAGUAUAUUACGUGUGUCCGACAGUAUUUGCUGCGAUCUCUGAGGUGAAUCAGAUUUUGGGGUGGAUUGCCGUGUUAAUGUGAGGGCUUUGCUGGCGAAAGUUUUAGAUUUUGCGGAACUAGAUCUGGGAGUUUGUUUUAGGUCGUUAAGGGACAGCUGAUGCGAUGUCUUCCCUUAGCAGAGAGCUGGUAUUUUUGAUCUUGCAGUUUCUAGAUGAGGAGAAGUUCAAAGAGACGGUUCAUAAGCUGGAACAGGAAUCUGGUUUUUUCUUCAACAUGAAAUAUUUUGAGGAUGAGGUUCAUAUUGGGAACUGGGAUGAGGUGGAGCGCUAUCUCUCUGGUUUUACCAAGGUUGAUGAUAAUCGGUAUUCAAUGAAAAUUUUCUUUGAAAUAAGGAAGCAGAAAUAUCUGGAGGCAUUGGAUAAGCAUGAUCGUUCAAAGGCUGUAGACAUACUUGUGAAGGAUUUGAAAGUAUUUGCGUCCUUCAAUGAGGAGCUUUUCAAGGAAAUUACACAGCUUUUGACAUUGGAAAAUUUCAGGGAAAAUGAACAACUUUCAAAGUAUGGUGAUACAAAAUCUGCAAGGAGUAUAAUGCUGGUUGAGCUUAAGAAAUUAAUUGAAGCAAAUCCGCUAUUUCGUGACAAAUUACAAUUCCCAAACCUCAAAAGUUCAAGGUUGCGCACCCUCAUUAAUCAAAGCUUAAAUUGGCAACACCAGCUAUGCAAAAAUCCAAGACCCAAUCCAGAUAUAAAAACCCUUUUUGUCGAUCAUUCUUGUGGACAACCAAAUGGUGCACAUUCUUCAUCCCCAGCCAACAAUCCACUGCUUGGAUCCAUGCCAAAAACAGCAGGUGGUUUUCCUCCACUUGGUGCACAUGGGCCUUUUCAGCCCACGCCGGUAACACCCCUUGCCGGUUGGAUGUCAAAUGCACCCGCUGUAGCUCAUCCGGCAAUGUCUAGUGGGCCCAUGGGACUUAAUACUCCUACCAAUCCCGCUGCUGCAAUUUUGAAGCAUCCUAGAACUCCUCCAACAUGCAAUCAAGUUGUUGAUUAUGCAUCAGGAGAUUCUGAUCACAUUUCAAAGAGGAAUAGGCCUAUUGGAAUUCCUGAUGAGGUGAAUCUUCCUGUAAACAUGUUACCUGUUCCUUAUAUGCAGAACCACAACCAGGCAAUCUAUGCUCCAGAUGACUUACCCAAGACUGUAGCCCGAACACUAAAUCAGGGUUCGACUCCCAUGAGCAUGGAUUUCCAUCCCAUUCAGCAAACUAUUCUUCUUGUUGGCACAAACGUUGGUGAUAUUGGAUUGUGGGAUGUUGGAACAAGGGAGAGACUUGUCCUAAAGAAUUUCAAGGUUUGGGAACUUGGGGCAUGCUCGAUGCCUCUUCAGACUGCUCUAGUUAAAGAUCCUGACGUGUCGGUUAACCGCAUAAUAUGGAGUCCUGAUGGGAAUUUGUUUGGUGUUGCUUACUCAAAACAUAUCGUACAAGUAUAUUCCUAUCAUGGUGGUAAUGAUGUUAGGCAGCAUUUUGAGAUUGAUGCCCAUGUUGGAGGUGUGAAUGAUAUUGCAUUUUCAACCCCCAAAAAGCAACUAUGCAUAGUAACUUGUGGAGAUGACAAGUUAAUUAAGGUAUGGGAUGCAACUACAGGGGCCAAGCAAUAUACAUUUGAAGGUCACGAAGCACCUGUAUAUUCCGUUUGCCCUCAUCACAAGGAAAACAUUCAGUUUAUCUUUUCUACGGCAUUAGAUGGAAAAAUAAAAGCCUGGUUAUAUGAUAAUUUGGGAUCUAGAGUAGAUUAUGAUGCCCCAGGCCAUUGGUGCACUACUAUGGCAUAUAGUGCUGAUGGUUCAAGACUCUUUUCUUGUGGGACUAGCAAAGAAGGGGAAUCACACAUAGCAGAGUGGAAUGAAACUGAAGGGGCUGUCAAAAGGACCUAUCAAGGAUUUCGUAAACGUUCUUUGGGUGUUGUACAGUUUGAUACUACCAGGAAUAGAUUUCUGGCUGCGGGGGAUGAAUUCUUGAUAAAAUUCUGGGACAUGGACAACACCAACCUUUUAACUACCACUGAAGCUGAGGGUUCUCUCCCAGCAAGUCCAAAGAUACGCUUCAACAAGGAGGGUACUUUGUUGUCUGUUUCUACACUUGAUAAUGGAAUUAAAAUCUUGGCUAAUGCUGAUGGAUUGCGUUUGCUUCGCACUUUUGAAAACCGUCAUUUAGAUGCUUCAAGGACGGUGUCGGAAACCAUGGCAAAGCCUAUUAUAAAUCCAUUGUCUGCUGCAAUCACUACUGCGACCACCGCUGUUACCAGUGCUACAAUGAGUGAUAGGCCUGCUACCGUAGGGAUUGCAACUGGAAUGAAUGGAGACAGCAGAAGUUUGGUGGAUGUGAAGCCAAGAUUAAUGGACGAGUCCAUGGAGAAAUCAAGGCUCUGGAAGCUGACUGAAAUUAGUGAUCCAUCUCACUGUAGAUCUUUGCGGCUAAUGGAUAAUCUGAGACCAAUGAAGAUUCAAAGGUUAAUUUAUACAAAUUCUGGUGUUGCAUUGUUGGCUUUAGCAUCCAAUGCCAUUCAUCUUCUUUGGAAAUGGCCACGAAAUGAAAAAAAUUCUACUGGAAAGGCAACAACAAAUGUUCCUCCUCAGUUAUGGCAACCUCCAAGUGGUAUAUUAAUGACUAAUGAUACUACAGAUACGAAACCAGAAGAAGCGGUCCCUUGCUUCGCUUUGUCAAAGAACGACUCUUAUGUUAUGUCUGCAUCAGGAGGCAAAAUUUCUUUGUUCAAUAUGAUGACGUUCAAGACUAUGACAACCUUUAUGCCUCCGCCACCUGCUGCGACAUUUCUUGCAUUCCAUCCUCAAGAUAACAACAUAAUUGCAAUUGGAAUGGAUGAUUCCACUAUCCAAAUAUAUAAUGUUCGAAUUGAUCAGGUUAAAAGCAAACUUCGAGGCCAUGGAAAUCGAAUUACCGGCCUCGCCUUUUCACAUCCAUUAAACGUGCUGGUCUCAUCUGGGGCUGAUGCUCAGCUUUGUAUCUGGGGUAUUGAUGGUUGGGAAAAGCUAAGGAACAAGUUUUUGCAAGUUCCACCUGGACGCACAUCUAAUGCAGUUUCAGAUACCCGUGUGCAGUUUCACCUGGAUCAGGUUCAUUUCCUCGUUGUACAUGAGACACAGAUUGCUAUAUAUGAGGCUAAUAAGCUCGAAUGCUUAAGACAGUGGGCACCUCGUGAAUCUUCUCCUCCAAUCUCUCAUGCAACCUUUUCCUGUGAUAGUCAACUGAUAUAUGCAAGCUUUCUGGAUGCUACUGUGUGCAUAUUUAGUGCUGCAAACCUCAGGCUUCGAUGCCGAAUUAAUUCUACAGCUUAUCUUCCAGCUGACAUUAGCUCAAAUGUCUAUCCACUCGUUGUUGCGGCGCACCCAUCAGAGCCAAAUCAAUUUGCGUUGGGUCUGAUUGAUGGCAGUGUUCAUGUUCUUGAACCACUGGAAUCUGAGGGUAAGUGGGGUGCAACUCCACCCACUGAGAAUUGUUCAACAAGCAACAUGCCCUUAGCUCCUUCAAAUGGAACUUCAGCUUCAGAACAACAACGGUGAUGAAUAUAAGCAAUGUGUGGAUUUCUUAUUUCCUUUUAUACUUGGCAACUAGAGGCCUUCAAUCAGAGUUGUAUUAAAAACCUUUGGAAGGCCUUGGUCAGUAAGCUGGAGUUUAUAUCCUGACAUUAUGAUUGUGUAUUUGUAAGGAAAGCUUUAGUCUUGCAUGUCAAAGUAUGUUGGUUCAAAGUAAAUAUGGAUGAAUUAUUUAAAUUAAACUUUUAAUAUCUGUCAGUUUUUAUUGUAAUGGAUACUGUAAUGGAACGAUCUGUACUCUGCUUUCUGCUUUUGGAGCCAUGAGAGAAACUUUUAUGAUGCUCCUUUGUUUAAAAUUAUUAAUUAUUUUAUUUGCUGUUUGAUGCAA